UUAAACCCAAGGGUGUGUUUGUUUUUCCUCUUGCUCCUGUGUCCUACUAAAAUAUACAUGACAUUUAACCAGACAGCGAAAUCACUUUGAGUGUCAGCAGGCCAUCAGAGGUAAUGUAAUAAGAUCCACCCCGGUGAACUUGAUAGGGCUGGUUAAGCUCGGUGGGGUCAUUUGCAGGACUCGCAUGUAAAUCAGGGAAGGUGGUCAACUGAAUUUAUUCUGUCCCAGAUGAACACAAAAUACAAUUGUAGUGUGUUUAGGUUAUAAAUAUGGAUUUAUGAAUUGGAUUUUUUAUGCAUUUUCCUUCUUUCCAUGAAGAAGAAAAACAUGGCUUGGAGUCUGCCCUGCUUCACAGAGCCCUGGUCUGGCUGGCAGAUGAGGGGUGGUGACAUGUCCUGUAUUUACUAGAAGUAAAGUAAACCAGUUCUUCAAGUCUUGGUUGGUCUAUAACCCUGGUUGCUUAUAAACUGUGUCCAGAUCACUCUGUUGACUACAGUCUGAGAGGAGCGCUGCUUCUUCCUAACAGAGUGCACUUUCUGUAACAAACAACCACAGCGGCCUCCCGCCAACAGGAACCUGCCAUGGCGUCGCGCCCACGAGCUUCCUCUCAACCCGGGAAACUUUCCUUCUUCCAGAGUCCCAAGGUGGCUGUGGCCCUUCGGCCUCGGGCUGCCUCUUCGCGCUCUGGCUCCAUGCUGGAAGAGGAGCUGUCCUGUCCUGUUUGCUGCGAGAUUUUCAGUGAACCUGUGGUGCUCAAGUGCAGCCACAGCUUUUGCCGGGCCUGCCUGCAGCAGUUCUGGAACAAGAAGAAGGCCAGGCGGGAGUGCCCCGUGUGCAGGAGGAAAUGCUCCCUGACGGAGCCCACGGUCAGCCUGGCCCUGAAGAACGUGGCCGACACCUUCCGGGCAAAGACGCACACGGCUGGGAUGGGGACAGGGGUCGACGGACCAGGGGAGGAAGCAAGGAUGACAGCAGAGGUGAAGUGUGACACACAUGGGGAAGUUCUGAAGCUCUUCUGUAUGGAUGACUUUGAAGUCUUGUGCUGUGUAUGUCACACCUCCAAGAAGCACCAGGGACACCGAGUGUGUCCCCUGGAGGAGGGAGCUCAGGACCUCAAGGCCGGGUUGAAGAAGGAGCUGAUUCCUCUGAAGAAAAACCUGCGUCACCUGUAUGAGGCCAAGCAGGAGUGUGAUGACACAACUGUCCACAUCAAGAACCAGACUCAGGCUACGGAGAAGCAGAUCAAAGAGGAGUUCGAACAGCUCCGCGAGUUCCUGCAGAGGGAGGAGGAGGCGCGACUGGCCGCCCUGCAGCGGGAGGACGAGGAGAAGAAGGAGCUGGUAAAGAGGAAGUCCGACAGCAUCACCAGGGACAUCCUCACCUUCUCUCACGCAAUCAUCGCCAUCGAGAAUGAGAUCGCAUCCAGCGAUGCUCUCUUCCUCCAGAAUUAUGCCAACACAAAGAAAAGGGCACAGAUCCCAGAGAAGAAUCCAGAAAAAGUGUCAGGUGCUCUUAUAGAUGUGGCCAAGCACGUCAGUUCCCUCAAAUACCACGUGUGGGAGAAGAUGGCAGAGCUGGUUCAAUACACGCCCAUCACCCUGGACCCCAACACUGCCUACUCCUGGCUGUCCCUCUCCUCAGAUCUGACCAGCGUGGCCAACAGCGGCUGCCUGCAGAAGCCCCCGGACAACCCUGAGCGCUUUGGCCACUUUGUGUUCGUGCUGGGCUCGGAGGGCUUCACCUCAGGCCGCCAUGCCUGGGAGGUGGAGGUGGGCGACAAGGUGGACUGGAUGCUCGGGGUGGUCAAGGAGUCCAUUGACAGGAAGGGCCGCAUCUCCGGCUGCCCCGAGGGCGGCUUCUGGAUGAUCUCGCACUACGAGGGCGAGUACACGGCCAUGACGAGGCCCAGCACCCCGCUGCACCCGGAGGGGGAGCUGACCCGGGUCAGGGUGCAGCUGGACUACGACUCUGGAGAGGUGACCUUCUCCAACCCUGUCAGCAUGACGCCCAUCUACACAUUUGUUGACUUCUUCACUGAGAAGAUGUACCCCUUCUUCUGCCCCGGGGCCAACAUUAAUGGGAAUAACCCCAAACCCCUUAAGAUCUGUCCCGCCAAAGUGGCCGUGUGGAACAGUGCGACGUGGUGAUUUGAGAACAUUAGUGAGCUGAAAAGUUAAAAAAGAGCAAAUCAAAUAAUUUAAACAUGUGAUAUCAGCGUGUUUGUGUGUAAAACGAGCAUGAAACAAGAAGAGUGAUCAGAACAAUAAUCGGUUUAUUUCACUGAGAUUCAUUUAGUGACUGACUGAAGUUAACAAAGGACAAAGCAGCUGUUCAUGAAGUUACCAGGCGAUGGUGUUGCCCUUAUAAUCAAGGAAGGCUCCAUUCUGCUUCUCAGUCAGAGAGGCCAUCACGCUGAGCAUACCCUGCACACUCUCUGGAGCAUCAAUCUCCCCCUGGUGGCCACAAACACACACAGUUACUCUGAAGAUUCACAGAAGAGUUGAGUUGUGAUUUGUCUGUUUUCUCUCCAGUUAUAGACUCUAUAGUUAUAUUCAAAAUCCAAGAGAUACAAGUGGUUCAAAUCUGAUUGUUUACUGAAUAAAAGUCAAAUAAAUAAAAUCACACUCAAUCAGGCA